AUGCAGCAGGUGUCCGGCCAGUCGAAUCGCCGCUCCAGCAGCAGCCUGCCCAAAGCCAAGGAGGUCAACCCGCAGAAGACUGGCCGGCUCAGAGAUCAGCUGUUCUGUAGCUUAGAGGAGGAAAACAGCCUUUACUUCACCUACAUUGGCAAACCCAACAUCAUCCAAGUGCGGGAUCUUAAUUAUGAGGUAAAUUCUGCAGCACAGAUCCCUUGGUAUGAGAAGCUGGCAGAAUUACAAAUGCCUUGGCAAUGGAAUUUAAAUCCAAAUGGACAAACAAUAGCUCUGAAGAAUCUGAACCUGAAAGUCAGAAGUGGGCAGAUGUUGGCUGUUAUAGGGAGUUCUGGGUGUGGGAAGACAUCUUUACUUGACAUCAUCACCUGCAGAGAUGAAGGAGGGAAAGUCAAAUCUGGCAAAAUCUUGAUCAAUGAAAUACCAGUUAACAGGCAGCUGGUUAAAAAGUGUAUUGCACAUGUACGACAGGAUGACCGAUUAUUACCCAACCUCACUGUAAGAGAAACAUUGACAUUUGUUGCAAAAUUGCGUCUUCCAAAAAACUUCUCGGAAGAACAAAGAAACAAAAGGAUAGAGGAUGUUAUAGCAGAACUCCGACUAAGACAAUGUGCUAACACUAGAGUUGGGAAUUAUUUUACACGAGGAGUCUCUGGAGGUGAGAGACGACGGGUGAGCAUUGGAGUGCAACUUCUGUGGAAUCCUGGUAUUUUAAUAUUAGAUGAACCCACCUCUGGACUUGAUAGUUUUACAGCACACAAUUUGGUGAUGACUCUCUCAAGACUUGCAAGAGGAAAUCGAUUGAUCCUAAUGUCAAUCCAUCAACCACGGUCAGACAUAUUCCACUUGUUCGAUCUGGUUGUUCUGCUUUCUUCAGGAGUUACAACGUAUUGUGGAACAGCUAAGGAUAUGAUUCCAUAUUUUACCUCGAUAGGCUAUCCUUGUCCGAAGUAUUGCAACCCUUGCGAUUUUUAUGUUGACCUAACCAGUAUUGACAGGCGUUCCAAAGAGCAGGAAGACCGUACGCAGGAUAAAGCCAAUACACUUGCUUCCAUAUUUUGGGAACAUGUCAAAGACACUGAUGAUUACACCUGGAAGCCUAAUGUCUGCAAUCCUUGCCCAAAUAUGAGUAGCACUACAAGCUCCAUUGCCUCUCUGACUUCUGACGAAAUUAUUAUUACCAUUAUAUCAGAAACCAUGGACAAGCUAGCUGGCCAACUGAGGCAGUUUUCUGUCCUAUUAAGCCGACAGGUUUCGAAUGAUUUCAGAGAUUUACCAACAUUGGCUAUCCAUGGAUUUGAAGCACUCUUGAUGUCUUUACUAAUUGGGUUUUUAUACUAUAGCCAAGAUGGCAAAGAACUAUCCAUCCAGGACACAGUGGCAUUGUUAUAUAUGAUCGGAGCUCUGACCCCCUUUGCAGUUGUUUUAGAUGUUAUCGCUAAAUGUCAUUCAGAAAGGGCAAUGCUUUACCAUGAAUUAGAGGAUGGGAUGUAUUCUAUUACUCCUUAUUUUUUUGCUAAGCUUUUGGGGGAACUCCCAGAACACUGUGCUUUUGUAAUAAUCUAUGGCGUCCCAAUCUACUGGAUAGCAGCUCUCAGACCUGAGGCUAGUCCGUUCCUCCUGAACUUUCUGCUGGUGUGGCUCGUGGUUUACUGCAGCAGAGUAAUGGCUUUGUGGGUCUCAGCAUUACUACCAAUGCUGCAGUUAUCUUCUUUAAUAGGAAAUGUUUUUUUCACAAUUUUCUACUUAACAGGAGGCUUUGUUAUUAGUCUAAAAAAUAUGUGGACAGUUGCUUCCUGGUUUUCCAAAAUAUCCUUCCUCCGAUGGGGUUUUGAAGGCCUGAUACAAGUUCAAUUCACAGGACAUCCUUACUCUAUUAUGAUAGGGAAUAUUACCAUUCCAGUCAAGGGCACAGAUAUAAUUAAAUCUAUGGAUAUGGACUCAGAACCGCUGUACAUGUGCUACCUCAUCCUGAUAGCUAUAUGUUUUGGAUUCCUGAUUCUCUACUAUGUAUCAUUGAGAUUUGUCAAACAGAAAUCAAAUCAGGAUUGGUAA